UAUUUGGGUCCUGAAGAAGGAGGGGUAUUUCUCGUCGGACUACCGUAGGUGUGAUUGAGUUUUCUUCAUGUAAGUGCGUACGUUAGCCUGUCAGUUGAACCCAGUUGCGUCUCGAGCGUUUUGUCGUUGGAUGUCCGUCGGCCGCCGCCGCACAACGGUUACUAAGCCGGAUGAACUUGGCGCCGCGUUUUAGGUUUAAAGCAGCCAGCUAGCCACGCUAACGUUAGCUACUACCAGCGCUGCUGCUGCUGCUGUGUGUGUGUGUGUGUGUGUGUGUGUGUGUGUGUGUGUGUGUGUCUGUGUGUCUGUGUGUCUGUGUGUGUAUGUGUGAGAGAGAGCCAGCGUCUGGAAGGGCGGACGAGUUUGACGUUUUCUCCUCAAGUCUCCUGACAUUUUUUUUUAGUUUAGUUAGCACAACGCGGUCCUCUCUCUCUCCUCAAAGCUAACCCUACCCAGUCAACAUGGAGGGGACACACUUUGCAAGAGCAUGAGCACGACGGCGACUAAAGAGGAUUAAAAGCAACUCGGUGUUGACGGGGGAAAAGUUGAGCUGAGGAUUAACAACUUGGGAUAAACAGAGGAAAGGUUUCAAGUCUUACCUAUUGUACAAGGGCAUGCUAAUACCUCAGUGAUGGAGUCCACAGUCGUGAGUACGUCCACUCUGGCCCCUGAUGAGUUCGAUAGGAACGUGCCGCGGAUCUGCGGCGUGUGUGGUGACAAAGCCACCGGCUUCCACUUCAAUGCCAUGACCUGUGAGGGCUGCAAGGGUUUUUUCAGGCGCAGUAUGAAGCGCAAGGCCACCUUCACGUGUCCCUUUAACGGCAGUUGCACCAUCACCAAGGACAACAGGCGCCACUGCCAGGCAUGCAGGCUCAAACGCUGUGUGGACAUUGGCAUGAUGAAAGAGUUCAUUCUGACAGAUGAGGAAGUGCAGAGGAAGAAGGACCUGAUUCAACGGAGGAAGGACGAGGAAGCGCAGCGUGAAGCAGAGAAGGAGGCGCGGCGGCCCCGGCUCAGUGAGGAACAGAGUCAGGUCAUCGCCACGCUGGUGGAGGCGCACCACAAAACAUAUGACGACUCCUACUCUGACUUCUGCCGCUUCAGGCCUCCUGUGCGCGAGGGCCCAGUGACGCGUAGCGCCAGUAGAGCUGCCUCUCUCCACUCUCUGUCUGAUGCGUCCUCUGACUCCUUCAGUCACUCUCCAGAGUCAGUAGACACCAAAAUGAACUUCAACAACCUGCUGAUGAUGUACCACGAGCAGGGCAGCAGCCCUGACUCCAGCGAGGAGGAGGUCUCCAGCUUCUCCAUGCUGCCCCACCUGGCUGACCUGGUCUCCUAUAGUAUCCAGAAAGUUAUUGGCUUUGCCAAGAUGAUCCCUGGGUUCAGGGAGCUGACUGCAGAGGACCAGAUUGCUCUGCUCAAGUCCAGCGCCAUCGAGGUGAUCAUGCUGCGCUCAAAUCAGAGCUUCAACCUGGAAGACAUGUCCUGGAGCUGCGGUGGGCCUGACUUUAAAUACCAGAUCAGCGAUGUCACCAAAGCGGGCCACACUCUGGAGCUGCUGGAGCCACUGGUGAAGUUCCAGGUGGGCUUGAAGAAGCUCAACCUGCGGGAGGAGGAACAUGUGCUGCUGAUGGCCAUCUGCUUGCUUUCUCCAGACCGCCCAGGUGUGCAGGAUCACGCACGGAUCGAAGCCCUCCAGGACCGGCUGUCAGAGACCCUGCAGGCCUACAUCCAGCUCCACCACCCAGGAGGACGGCUGCUCUACGCCAAGAUGAUCCAGAAGCUGGCCGACCUCCGCAGCCUCAACGAGGAGCACUCCAAACAGUACCGCUCGCUGUCCUUCCAGCCGGAGCACAGCAUGCAGCUCACCCCGCUGGUGUUGGAGGUGUUCGGCAGCGAAGUGUCCUAGAACCUCUGAGCCUCGGUGGCGGAGAGGAAGCUGGAGACAAGACCCCCACCUGGGGGUAAAAAUGGAGGGAGGGAGCUGAGGAUGUGCUGGAUGGACUAAAUGGAGGUGUUGGGUAUGAAGCAAGUGGAAGAGAAAAAGUUUGUGUUUUAAGUGUGUGCGAAUGUGCGUGUGUGUGUGUGUGUGUGUGUGUGUGUGUGUGUGUGUGUGUGUGUAUAAGUGUGUUGUCUCGUCUAAAGAAGUCUAUCUUGGCAUACAGACCAAGGUUGUAUGGAGAGAAAGCAGAUGUUAGGAGACACAGUAAACAAGGAAACGUCAUUUAAUACAAAUUGAGCUACACAUACAACUUCUGCCUAUAUACAGUGUUUUUGUCUGUAUUUAAAUCAACAAACCGCUGCUUCAAAUGCCUGGACAUUUUGUGUGUGUACGUGACGUACACACACCCACACAACAAACACACUCAGUUAUUCAUUUAGCCAUUCAGUUGAGCUACCUCUUUGUUUUACUGGGGUUGUUUUACAUCACCUAUGUGAAACACUAACUUUUACACAGAACAAUUUAGAUACAGUACGGAGGACAUUUCAGUUCAUCGUGCAAACGCAGUGCCUGCACAUUACCUUUUGAGUUUUUGGUGUUCCAGAACUUUUUUUUAUUUUGUUGUUCAUCUGCUUCUCUCCAAGGCAGCAUAUGUAUAUGACUAUGUAUACAAUUCAAACACAUGCCUUUCGCCUUUCACCAAAGGUAUGGUCAACUACUUUCUCAAAAAGCUUCCAGUACCUAAAAAUAACCGCGCUGCUCCACGGCUCGUUUCACGUGUGCAGCCUCUCGACAUGCUAGCAAGUUGUCUGACUAGCCUCACAGCCUAUGAAGGAAACUUUCGUUAUUUAGGUUUAUACUGCAGAGUACAGAGCAUAGUCUGUAAUUUAGUGAGGUUUUGAUAGGACUUUGGGGUGCCUGGUUUUGAGGUGAGAAUUAGCCACUAAAUGUGUUAGCUACUUUUACACUGCUAACUUGUCAAUCAGAACGAGCCUGCAUUAUGGCUUGUUGCUCUCUUUUGAAAUUGUUUUUCCUUCUUCUUGGCUUUUGUUUAAUUGUUUCCCUGUAAAUAGUUAAUUACUACCACAUGUAUCCUAAGCACUGUUAUACCACCACCUUUUACUCAAGCCUAUGUAUUGAUAUACAGUAUAUGUUAUCACAGAUUUUAAAGGGCUAAGAUGCCAAAUCUAACUGGAAUAGUAAAUCAAGGCCAAAGCAAGGGGCCUGUCUUGUUAAUAUAUAGCUGCAUACCAUACUUGGAAUUGGCAUAUAUACUGAUGUAAUUGCAAUGGAUGUUUGUUUUGUUUUAUACGUCAUUUCACCUCUAAAAACAAUUCCAUGAAUUGUUCCUCCUCAGUAUACAGUGAGCUCGGUGGGCGGAGAGCUUGGGAAGCUGCUUCAGACCUCCACAGAUAUCACACCCCUUUCAUUUCUGACAGGGAAGUGGAUUUUCUAGAAUGUCUGAGGGCCUGGCUGUGGCAGCGGUGUGCACCUCUACACCCAGGCCCUCCUGUUUGAUGAUGUAUGCUGCGCAGCCCUCUAGUGGCUGCAUCGUGUAAA